UUACUAAAUGGCCAAUAGGUGAAAGCUAAAACGACCGCUACAAACGACCUUACAGCGUUACUGUGAUUAAGACGUCGUAUGCGUGUUUGCACUUAUCAUGUCCACAAAAUAUGAUAGGGCGAUAACCAUCUUCUCUCCGGACGGUCAUCUUUUUCAAGUAGAAUAUGCACAAGAGGCAGUCAAGAAAGGUUCAACUACAAUUGGUGUUAGAGGGAAAAACUGUGUUGUUCUGUGUGUCGAAAAAAAGGCAACAACUAAGUUACAAAAUGACAGAACUGUCAGGAAAAUAGCUCUUUUGGAUGAUCACGUCGCAGUUGCCUUUGCAGGGCUCACUGCGGACGCUCGUAUUUUGAUCAGUCGGAUUAGGGUAGAAUGUAAAAGCUAUAAACUUACUGUCGAAGAUCCUGUGUCUCUGGAAUAUAUUGCUAGGUAUACGGCUCAGUUGAAGCAGAAGUACACUCAAAGUAACGGUCGUCGCCCUUUCGGUGUGUCGACAUUAAUAUGUGGAUUUAAUCAGGACGGCACUCCCCAUCUUUACCAGACGGACCCUUCUGGAACUCACUUUGAAUGGCUGGCUAAUGCCAUCGGAAAAAAUGCAAAAGUCCCACGUGAAUUUUUAGAGAAAAACUAUACCAAAGACGCUGUUGCAGAUGAAUAUGGAACUGUCAAACUUGCUGUUAAAGCACUGAUGGAGGUAGUUCAAUCAGGCGCUAAAUACAUGGAGUUAGCUGUAAUGAGGUGGAAAGCACCAUCUAAGCCUGGAAAACCAUUUGUAGAUUGGCAGAUGCUCGAACUUGCUGAUAUCCAAAAGUAUGUUCAGGCUAUCGAAAAGGAGAAAGAAGAGGAAGCUGAAAAGAAGCGUCAGAAAAAGGAAGCAGCUGCAGCAUUGUAACAUAGCUGGUUAUUGUGUUAAGGUGUACAAUUCUGGUUCUCAUGUUUUAUACAUAUAUAACUAAAUUUGUUUGAUUUUGUUAUAAAA